AGGGUGGGCUUCAUCUAAAAUAGACAUCUUGGCCUAAUUACGUGAUCUGCGUUCUAGCGUGGCGUGACUCUUCUUUUAUUUCAAGUGCUGGAAUUUUUCUCCGCUGUCGGUCAGUGUUGAAUUUUUUUUUUGCGCGACCAGCGAUAAAAUUACCAGACAACUUUUCCGCCCGGAAUUUUUUGUCCCUCUAUACACGCAAAAGAGGAACGGCGAUAAUAACUAAUAGGCAAAAUGGACUCCGAUAUGGAAAAUGGCGCCGACAGCAAGCCGGAAAAGUCUCAGUCCUGGCUGGCCAGGUUGCAGCAGGACGUCACCCUCGCGCACGCCGACAUUCCCAUUUUAGCAUGCUGCGGCGUCUCGGGCAUCUGCGACAGCGUUGCGUUUUCCGGCGCCAACGUCUUUGUGUCGAUGCAAACGGGCAACACCCUCUUCCUGGCCCUCGGCGCCGCGCACAUCCCCGCCGACGAGCCCAAGCUGUGGAUCAAGUGCCUGGCGUCCAUGGCAUCCUUUUGGCUGGGCUGCUUCUUCUUCUCGCGCGUGUCCCGGCUCCUGGGCCCCGCGCGCAAGUCCAGCCUGGCGCUGCUCUUCCUGAUGCAGGGCGCGCUCAUCUGCGUCGCGGCGGCGCUGGCGCAGACCAACACGGCGCCGACGUUUGGGCAGAGGUUCGUCGGCACGGACCGCGCCACCUCGAUCCGCGGCCUCGAGGACGACAUGUUUGUGUGCCUGCCCAUCGCGCUGCUCGCCUUCCAGUUCGGCGGCCAGAUCGUCGCGAGCCGCGCGCUGGGCUUCAACGAGGUGCCCACCACGGUGCUGACCUCGGUCUACUGCGACUUGUUCUCGGACCCGAAGAUCUUGGCCCCGCUGGGCGAGAACGUCAAGCGGAAUAGGAGGGCCGCGGCGGUCGUGCUGUUUAUCUGCGGUGGCAUUAUUGGUGGUCACCUGCAGCGUUCGGCCGGGGGUAUGAGCGCGGCGCUGUGGCUGGGUUGCGGGAUCAAGUUGGUGAUUUCGCUGGCUUGGUUGCUGUGGAAGGGGAAGGAGGUCAGCCAGGAGAAGAAGUGAACUUGGCUGCUGGGGUAAUUCAUACUGUGUAAUAUUGCUUCGGGGAGUUUUGGCUUGGGAUAGAAAGGACCGGGACAUAGGGUUAGACAAAGACAAAGACAUAGAACAUGGAGGGUCAGGGGUCGUAGCAAAUCCUUGGACAGUAUAGAACAACCUAUCUACGGUAUAUGCUAGCUACAUCAACGCGGCUCCCCUUAGUAGAACCGCUGGUCCGGAUCAACCGUGGGCAUCCCACGCACAUCCCUCGCCGCCAACCUCGGCGCCGCGGGGUCGUACGGCGGGUCGACCAUGAUAAAGUCCCUGAUGACUGCCGUGCCCGCCCUCAGCGCCGCGAUCUGGACGUCGGUGCAGCUG